GAUGUUUCUGCUCCUCAACCAGCUGUAUUGCUCGCUGUCGCGCAUUUUCAAUCGCAAAUUAAACGCUGUUUAUUCGGUUUAAACGCCCCCUUUCGCGAAUAACGAAGUAAACGUAUAAAUAAGUUAACGAAUCAACCAAUUAAGUUAAUCUGUGCAACAAGAAUUGCGUUGUAUUCGGAUUUUGUGGCACCUGGGAUUUGCGUUGCUGUUUUUUCGUGCAUUUCAAUUCGCUCACACGCACACACACACACGGCCGUGCAGCGAAUGCGUGUGUGUGUGUUAAAUUGUGCAAAAACCUGUGACGACAGUGGGGGCGGGGGCGGAGGGGGUUAGCCGUUGUUGAAAGCGAAUAAAUUCAUUGUUUUUGUGUGUGCACUAUAAAUUAAUAUUAAAGUGGCUGCGUCAUGAGGGGACCGCUUACCUCUCGCCAGCGAAUUCAGCAGCCAAACAGACAGCUGCUCAUUUGGCGAGUGUAAACAAAGCGCACUCACACACACACACGCAUGCAAACAACUGGCCCUCGCAUAUCGAAUUUCACAUCUUUAAGCCACGAAAUCUCCAUAUCCACUUCCAUCUGCCUCUGAAGCCUCAUCUUUUGUCUGGCCAACCUGUUCGCAUCCAGACAGGAAGUAUCCAAGUCGGCAGGUUCAUCCAAGUGCAGCGACGGCGACGGGAGCAGCGCUGCCAGCGUCGCAGCAGCAGCAGCUGUAAAGUUGUAAACGGAACAAUCACCUCUUAAUAUCUGGAAAUGUCCUCCACUUCCGCGGCGGAUGGCGGUCUCAGCAGCGAGACGGCCUGGCUGGAGGAUCUGCUGCGCGAGGUGCAGCUGGAGCAGUUCCUGGACAGGAUACGCGACGAUCUGCAGGUGACCCGACUGGCCCACUUCGACUAUGUGCUGCCCGAUGAUCUGGAGCGAUGUGGCCUGGGCAAGCCAGCUGUUCGGAGGCUGAUGGAGGCGGUGCGCAAAAAGAAAGCCCACCAGUGGCGCAAGAACAUCCUGUCCAAGCUGAUUGGCGGUGGCAAGCAACCAUCUUCCAAGAAGCAGUCCUCCACCCGGGAAUCCAAUCAGGGCAACGGCACCCAGCUAACCUGCCUCAUCCACGAAAAGGACAUCACCAUGGGUUUAAAGUUGGGCGACGGAUCCUUCGGCGUGGUGCGACGUGGCGAAUGGAGUGCCUCGCCUGCGGGCAAGGUCAUCCCCGUGGCCGUCAAGGUGCUUAAGUCAGACAACCUCACCCAGCCGGGCAUCAUCGAUGACUUUUUCCGAGAAGUUCAGGCCAUGCAUGCUCUGGACCAUGCGAAUCUGGUGCGUCUGUACGGCGUGGUGCUAUCCCAGCCAAUGAUGAUGAUCACAGAGCUGGCGGAACGAGGAUCCCUGCUGGACACGCUGCGCAAACAGUGCCGACACACCUCGUUGACCAUCAUCUGGAACUGGUCGGUGCAGAUUGUGACUGGGAUGGCCUAUCUGGAGCAGAAGCGUUUCCUGCAUCGUGAUCUGGCAUGUCGUAACGUUCUGCUUGCCGCUGGGAACAAGAUCAAGAUCGGAGACUUUGGCCUGAUGCGCGCUUUGCCGCAGGAGGAUGAUUGCUAUGUGAUGUCCGAACACAAGAAGGUUCCUUUUCCAUGGUGCGCUCCGGAAUCGCUACGUUUCCGGCAGUUUUCGCACGCCUCGGACACCUGGAUGUUUGGCGUGACGCUGUGGGAGAUGUUCAGCUUCGGCGAGGAUCCUUGGGUGGGGCUUAACGGCUCACAGAUCCUGCGAAAAAUCGAUCGCGAGGGAGAGCGACUGCAUCAGCCGGACGCCUGUCCACCGGACGUCUACGCCAUGAUGCUCCAGUGCUGGGAUAAAACGCCAGCAGAGCGACCCACGUUCGCUGCUCUCAAGGAAUAUCUGGCCAGUAUGUCACCGCCUGUGAUGCGUGCCUCCCGCAGCCACCACGAGUCCAAAGGACUUCAGAUAGAGCCUGGCGACACCAUUGCGAUAAUCGAUGGACGCCACGAGCUGAAGUUGAUCAAGGGGCAGAAUCAGCGCACUUUCGAUAUAGGAAUCUUUCCCAGGAAUCUGUUGGAACAGCGGAAAGUGGCUGCUGUUGGAGAUGUGGUGAUGCGGAAUAGCAUGGGCAAUGGUUCCUCGUCGUCUUCGCCUUUUGGGUUCUGUUGGGGUGGUGCGGCUGCCAUGGCCAACGGCGAAGAUCGGCAGCGGAAGUGCGCCUCGGUGGCGAAUCAAACCCACGCUAAGGAGCGUAAGUCGACAUCCAGUAAGCAGUUCGCCUACAACAAGCUGGUAAAUGAGGCGGCAGCGGCGGCGGGGCUCCAGCGACGCAAUGCGGUGAAGCACAAAGGAGCCAUAGUAGGUCCACAGCGUCCUCCACCGCCACAGUUCCAGCAGGAGGGCAUCCUAAUCGACAUUUCGCCUGACAUGCGUCCUUUGGGCGGAGGUGGCGCAGCGGGAGCUGAUGGCGCAGGCGAUAGUACAUCUCUACAGGCGGAAAGUUCCUUUUGCUUACUGGACGCCCCCAUAGAUGUGCCCACUUAUGCCGAGUCCAGUGGAUCGGGAGAGCUUAACGUUUCCCCCACAUACUUCAACGAGCAGCCGCAAUUCGACUUUGAUUCGGCCAACAUUACAGCAUCUCCUGGGCGUUUGCAACCGCCGCCCUACCAGAUGCCACCCACUUACUCGAAUACCAUGGAGUUUGUCCAGAAACGAGACCUUAACCAACAGCAGCUAACAACGCCUGUAAGGGAGCGAGAUCCCUUCGACACUACGAAUCUGGAGACUGCCGUCGCACUGUACUCGAAUUUUAACCAAUCUAUAGAGGCAGCUCCUCCACCAGCACCCAUCUACAGCAGUCCCUCGGUCAGAAAGACUCUUUUUGGUGGCUCCAACAAGGAGAACAUACCUGCCCUGGAAUCAGCGGCAAUGCAGCUAAACCUAAGUAAUCUGGCGCUGGAACGACACGACACAAUUACCACCAUCAGCAGCCAGCCGCUGGAGCCUGUUCCAGUUCCUCCCGCAGAUGGAGUGCUUCUGGACAAAUCCUUCAUUGCCGAAUUAGAGAAGGACAUGUACAGCAAUGGGCAGAACCGGGCGCAGGAGGAGUACCAGCGCAACUCGACUCAGAUGUAUGCCAGCAAGGACAUGGUGUACAAACAGAAUCUCACGCCCCUCAAAAACGGAAUAGCCGCCGGUUCAGGCCACUCGAAUCAUUCCAGUCCCUCGUCGACGGCCUCACCCAAGCAGAACAAUUUGGAGGCAGCAGCAGCUGCGGCAGCUACAACUCAGAGCGUGGUGAAUCGCAUUUGGUACGAGCAGGUGGCCUCCACGUCAUCCGAGUACUAUGCCCAGCCGCCGUCGGAGCAGCCGGAAGAGCAGAUCUAUCAGAAUCAUCAUCAGCAGCAGCAGGAGUCAAACCACUCGUUUGUGGCUAUUUCCAAUCGGGUAGUGGCUCCCAGAACCAAUGCGUACGAUGCAGUGGCACCCAGCACGGCGGUAUCGACUUACUACGGCCAAGUGCCGAAUGGCAGUGGAGCUGUACUGUACGAUGAGGUGACCCAGGAUGAUUACCUGCGGCCAACGCGACCUGCUCCACUGGCGCCACCUCCCCUCUCAGCUCAGCAGAUUCAACGGCGGAUGGAGAAGAUGCGGGUGCAGCAACAGCAGCAGCUAGAGGGAGCCCAUCAGCUGUAUGCUCCGGUGCCCUCGGAUUUCGGACGCGAGCAGGAGAAGCUCCAGCAGCUGAUGCAGGAUCUGGGCAGCUCCGCGGUGGAGCAGGACGUGCGCAAUGCGUUGCGAGCGGCCAGCGGGGAUGUGGCUCUGGCCACGAGGCACUACAAGAUCGACCAGCUGGCGAGAUUGGGCGUGGCUGGGCGACCCCAGUGCGAACAGGCCCUGCAUCAGACCAACUGGAGCUUAGAGGUGGCCGCCGAACUUCUACUACAGUCCACAAAUGCAGGCUAAACUCCCAAAACAACAACCAUGUAUUACCGACUCGAAUAUAAUUGCUUUAGUUUUAAUUGCUGAAUAUUCGUCUAUAAUUAGCUAACGAUGUCUCGAAUCCUUAUCAAAAUACUCCUAGGUGAAUGCACGAAUGCAAACACACAUUGUCAACGACUGUACAAUAUGUUCUAUUUUAUAUAAGCGAUCGUAUAAAAUUAUUUUAUAAUUGUUAUUCGAUGUCUGCGUAUUUUUAAAUGCCCCGAAAUUUUAUUUACACGCGAAAUCGAAUCGCUCGAAAUGAGGCCGCGGAAGGUCAUAGAUGUCAACGCAUGCAAAAAUUAAUUUGUUUUGAAAUCAAAUAAAAUAUAUAUGUAAUUGUUACAAAA